UCUGUUUUCCUACGACAUGCUAACACCCAACAAAUUUUCAUUUGUAAAACCCAUUCUGUUUCAACUUCUCUGCAUUCCUUUCCAUUCCUUCAAUUUCUUUAAUAUUUUUGAUUCGAGGAGGGAAUAUACGAGAAGUUAGAUUGGUCUACCAUUGUUUAAAACAGAAGGUCUGAAUGAACUGAUGGAGUCUAAGGGUGGUAAAAAGAAGUCCAGUAGUAAGUCCUUUUUGUACGAAGCUCCUCUCGAUUACAUCAUUGAAGACGUUCGACCACACGGUGGAAUCAAGAAGUUCAGAUCUGCUGCAUACUCCAACUGCAUCCGCAAACCAUCCUGAGUUUUGGUUGGUUGUGACAUAGCCCCUUGAUUUUGCAUAUUGUUAUAUUAUUCUAGUCUCCUUUUCUUCUUGUUUGUGUCCUCUUCCUUGCUUUUCUUGUUCUCUAUCUGCACACCAAGAUUUUUGUUUCUUUGAGUCAAGAUGGCCUUGACAAGUUCAGCUAUUGGUUUUGAAGGCUACGAAAAGAGGCUUGAGAUAUCAUUUUUUGAGGGAGGUGCGUUUGCUGACCCUAGAGGAUUAGGCCUCCGAGCAUUGUGUAAAGAUCAAUUGGAUGAGAUUCUGAACCCAGCUGAGUGCACCAUUGUUUCAUCACUUUCAAAUGAUUAUGUUGACUCUUAUGUUCUUUCGGAGUCAAGUCUAUUUGUUUAUCCUUAUAAAAUUAUUAUCAAAACUUGUGGGACUACAAAAUUGCUUCUGUCCAUCCCUGUCAUUCUUAAAUUUGCUGAUGCUCUUGACAUUGCUGUGAAAUCCGUGAGGUACACUCGUGGAAGCUUCAUUUUCCCUGGUGCACAGCCAUUCCCUCAUCGUAGCUUUUCAGAGGAAGUUGCUGUUCUUGACAGUUAUUUUAGCAACCUUGAUUCUGGUAGCAAAGCUUAUAUUAUGGGUAACCCUAACAAGUCACAGAUUUGGCAUGUCUACUCUGCAAGUGCACAACCAGAAGGCUCAUUAGAAGCUGUGUAUGGUCUUGAGAUGUGCAUGACUGGUUUAGAUAAGAAAAGCGCAUCUGUAUUUUUCAAAAGUAAUACAUCUUCAGCUGCUUUGAUGACUGAAAAUUCUGGAAUCAGGAAGAUCCUUCCACAAUCUGAUAUAUGUGAUUUUGAAUUUGAUCCUUGUGGGUAUUCAAUGAAUGGAAUAGAGGGUAGUGCAAUAUCCACUAUCCAUGUCACCCCUGAAGAUGGUUUCAGUUAUGCAAGUUUUGAAGCUGUGGGUUAUGACUAUGAUGAAGAUAUAGCUCUGACUGAGCUUGUUGAAAGGGUUUUAGCAUGCUUCCGUCCAGCUGAGUUUUCUGUUGCUUUGCACAUUGACAUGCAUGGUGAAAAACUUGACAAAUUUCCAUUGGACAUUAAAGGAUACUACUGUGAAGAGAGGAGCAAUGAAGUGCUUGGAGCAGGAGGUGCAGUUGUGUACUAUAGCUUUUCUCUUGCUGAUGGCUGUGGAUCUCCCAGGUCUAUUCUGAAAUGCUGCUGGAGUGAGGAUGAGAACGAAGAGGAAGCGAGGGAGAUAUAGUUAUGGUUUUUUAUGUUUUGUUGUUUAUCUUCAGUGCCAAGUGUUAUUUCUUAAAUAAAUUUGGGGGUUAUGUUGUGAGUGUUAUGUUUAUUACUUAAAUAAAUCUUCAUGUGGAUGCUAUCUCUUGUUCAAGGGUGUUGCACCUAUAUUUCAUUGUUAUAUAAAUAUAUACAUGUACUAUUAUAAUUAAAUUCUUCCAU